AUGGAAGAAGAUGUAUUAUCGACGCUGUACAUGCCAAUCGUCUCUCCACCGACCCCGGCACCGUCUCCUCGUCCCGCAUUCGCUUCUCUCUCUCUCGGUCCUUCACUCAGCGACCCAGUCUAUCCAUGUCGUCGCGAGUUUGCGUCCUUAACCCCAUCCCUCCGCCGUCAAUACCUCUCCGCCAUUCUCACAGAAUGUUCACCGUCCGAGCUGCUCUUCGUAUCCACCACGAUCGCUCCACUGCUGAAACGCGAUUUUCUACAUGACUUGCCGCCUGAGAUUGCACUACAUGUGCUCAGUUUCGUCGACGACCCCAAGACGCUGGCGCGAGCCAGCCAGGUGAGCAAGUACUGGAAUUAUCUGCUCGACGAUUCGUGGCUUUGGCGGAGGAUGUGCGUUACGCACGGCUUCGAAACGGAUAACGAAUCCCAGAGUCCAGGGCGAAUGCUGCGCGGUGCGAGCGAAGCCUUGGCAAGCUCCUCCAAACGAGCUGUUUACUACCCGACAAACACGGUGUUGCCCUUCGCGCUUCGCAGUCAUUCGUUUGACAGCGCGUUUUCGUACCGCCAGCAUUUCAAGUAUGCGUAUGUCACAAACACCAACUGGCUUCACGGCGGAAGGCUCCUCCGUAGUCACCGUGUACCCCUUCUUUCUCCGACCCAACAGCCCACAGCGCAACCUGCGCCCAACGUACCCGGUGUGCCAGCGCUCUCCUCCGCAAUACCGACCUCUGUCGCGGUUGAUGCGAAUUGGGUCGUGGUCGGGCUCGCGAACAGCCGUAUACACGUCUUCAGCGCGAAGACGGGGGUGCUGAGCCGCACACUAGUAGGGCACGAGUCGGGCGUGUGGGCGGUCGCAUUGAUCAAGGGCGGCGGGGCUCACGGUGGGGCGGGCGGUGAUGGGGCGGAUGUGGAAGAGGCGGUCAGCAGCGGUGAGGAGGAUCUACAUGAUGCCCCCCCGGGUCCGGAUCAGUAUGUCCCACACACGCUCCGCUUUGCACUCGGCCUCGACCAGGUACAUCCCCGCCGCCGGUCAUCGUCCCAGGCGAUACAUGGGAGGCCCUCUAUGUGGCAGCCGUGGCAGGACAAGCCGAGUGAUCCGUCCGGCGCGUCUGACGGGUGGGGCCAACCGAACGCGCUUGUGGUGAGCGGUGGGUGCGAUAAGGAGCUGCGGGUUUGGGAUGUCAAAUCUGGCUACUGCAUCUACGUCCUGCGCGGACACACGUCGACGAUCCGCUGCCUGAAGAUGCUGCACGGGCGGCCGCUUGCGGUGUCGGGUUCGCGGGACCGGACGGUGCGGGUGUGGGAUGUGCAGCGGGGGACGCAGGUGCGGGUGUUCUCGGGGCAUGAGCAGAGUGUGCGCUGCCUGGACGUGUGCGGGAGCCGGGUGGUGAGCGGGAGCUACGACUGCACGUGCCGGCUAUGGGACGUCGACACGGGCGAGUGCCUGCACGUCCUCCGGGGACACUUCCACCAGAUCUACUCAGUCGCGUUCGACGGGGUGCGCAUUGCGUCGGGGGGGCUGGACACGACAGUGCGCGUGUGGGACGCGAAGACCGGGACGUGCCUGGCACUGUUGCAGGGACACACCGCACUGGUGUGCCAGCUGCAGCUGUCGCCGACGAUGCUCGCAACGGGCGGGUCGGACGGACGAGUGAUCACGUUCUCGCUCGAGUCGUCGUUCUCGGUCGUGCAGCGGCUCGCAGCGCACGACAGCUCGGUGACGGGCCUGCAGCUCGACGAGCGGUUCCUGGUCACGAGCGGGAACGACGGGCGGGUGCGCCUGUUCCAGUUCGGGGCAGGCGGGCGGUGCGAAUACGUGCGCGAGCUGAGCGAGCCGAGCGAGAGCGUGUGGAAGGUCGCGUACACGCGCGAGACGUGUGCCAUUAUGUGCAAGCGCGCGGGGAAGACCGUCAUGGAGAUCUGGAGCUUCAAGCCGAAGGCGGAUGUGUGA